AUGGCAAAAUAUCUUACACCCGAAGAUGUUGCAAUCACCAAAUCUUGGAUAAGCAUUACACUUGAUGGUGUUGCCGGAGUUGAUCAAAAAUCAAACCAGUUUUGGGAGCGGGUAUUCGAUACCUACGUAAGCAGCUUUGGGAAUAAAAAUGACAUAACUGUUCAUAAGUUGCAAAAUAGAUUUGGUACCUUGAAAAAAGAUGUCAAAAAAUGGGUUGGUAUCUUAAGAAAUUUGCAUAUAAACAAUGCAAGUGGAUGCGGAAUUGAUGAUCUUGAGAGAAAAGCUAGAUUGGAAUAUAGUAAGGUUAGCAAGGGAAAACCUUUUCAAAAUGAAGAGGUGUACCGACUUUUCAAAGCCCAUGUUCUCGGAUUCAAUCCCGAAGAAAUUGAUCCUACUCAAAAUGUGGAAGAUGAAUCGUAUGCUCCUAGUGUUAAUGCUUCAACAAGUAGUGCUCCCGCAAGAAGCGACCCAAUAUGGCAUGAAGAGGAUAACCCUCGUCGACCAACGGGGAAAAGGGAUCAACAAAGGGAAGCUUCGGAGCUAUCGGCCAUCAACGACGGAACUGAGCGUAUUUUGAAACAUUUUAGUGAAGAGAAUGCAAAGAAGAUGGCAAGAUUGGAUGGACAAGAAGAAUAUUUAUUAACUAUUGCAGAGACAAAAAAGAAAUCUGUGGAUUUGGCUUUGGAGAAACAUGAACUCGAAGUGUUGGAUGUGGUGGUUGAGACCUUGCCGGAAUGGAAGCAGCAAUUUAUGUUGGAUAAACAAAAUAAGAUUUUGGAAAAACAUGGUUAUCCUCCUAGAACACUUGGUUAUCCUAACACUAGCAAUGUUCGUCAUUUCAAUAUAUGA